AUGAGAGAAAUCAUCCACAUUCAAGUUGGCCAAUGCGGAAACCAAGUCGGAAACAAGUUCUGGGAGACAAUCAGCACUGAACAUGGAAUUGAUGCCACUGGCCUUCUCACUGGGAAGAAUGCCGAACAGUCUGACCCAGACUCCCUCGGUGUCUACUACAACCAGGGAUCAGGCGGGAAAUACGUCCCUAGGGCCGUCCUGGUCGACCUUGAGCCUGGUACGAUGGAUGCAAUCCGAAAUGGCCCCCAUUCUGAGCUAUUCAGACCAGACAACUUCGUAGUUGGUCAAAGUGGGGCAGGAAACAACUGGGCCAAGGGGUACUACACUGAGGGGGCUGAGCUGCACGAACAGGUGCUCGAGUGCCUGAAGAAGGAGGUGGAGAAGACCGACUGCCUGCAGGGGUUCCAGCUCACGCACUCGCUGGGCGGUGGAACCGGAUCAGGAAUGGGGACACUUCUGGUGAGCAAAAUCAAGGAGGAGUUUCCAGACCGAAUGCUUGCGACCUUCUCAGUGGUGCCGUCUCCGAAGGUGUCUGACACGGUGGUGGAGCCGUACAAUGCGACACUCUCGUUCCACCAGCUGGUUGAGAACGCAAACCAGACAUUCUGCAUCGACAACGAGGCGCUCUACUCGAUUUGCACGAAGACGCUGAAACUGAGGAAUCCGUCGUACGACCACCUGAAUCUGCUGGUGAGUCGCGUGAUGAGUGGCAUCACCACCGGAUUCCGCUUUCCAGGGCAGCUGAAUUCCGACCUGAGGAAGCUGGCCGUGAACAUGAUUCCAUUUCCACGCCUACACUUCUUCUGUGUUGGAUACGCCCCACUUUCAUCAGAAGCAAGUCAGUCGUACAGGAAUCUGACUGUGAGUGACCUGACUAGUCAGCUAUUCGACACCAAGAACAUGAUGACUGCAUGCGACCCAAGGAGUGGUCGAUACCUCACUGCUGCCGUCUACUUCAGGGGGAACAUGUCCAUGAAGGAGGUUGAUGAGCAGAUGAAUCUGAUUCAGACCAGGACGAGUGAGCAGUUUGUGGAGUGGAUUCCAAACAACGUUCAGACUGCCGUAUGCAACGUGGCACCAGUUGACGCAGAGAUGGCUGCCACCUUCAUCGGAAACACCACCUCGAUUCAGGAGCUGUUUAAGAGGGUGGGAGAGCAGUUCUCGUCGAUGUUCAAGAGAAAGGCGUUCUUGCACUGGUACACGGGUGAGGGAAUGGAUGAGGCAGAGUUCACAGAGGCAGAAGCAAAUUUACAGGAUUUGUUGAAUGAGUAUCAGCAGUAUCAGGAGGCAACAACAAGUUACGAAUAA